AUGGGCCUCCUUGGCAAGUUUCUACAAGUAUAUGUGCGUAUCCAAACUCCUCCACAGAUAUUAAAUGCUUUGGCAUCUUUCCUAACAAAGAAGUUAAAUAUUGGUGGGAAGAGAGUAAAUCUUGCAAUAUGGGACACAGCAGGCCAGGAGAGGUUCCAUGCAUUGGGUCCAAUUUACUACAGAGAUUCAAAUGGAGCUAUUUUAGUUUAUGAUAUAACAGAUGAAGAUUCCUUUCAAAAGGUAAAAAACUGGGUCAAGGAAUUACGAAAAAUGUUGGGAAAUGAAAUCUGUUUAUGUAUAGUUGGUAAUAAGAUAGACUUGGAAAAAGAAAGGCACGUUUCAGUCCAAGAAGCAGAAACGUAUGCAGAAUCAGUGGGAGCAAAGCACUAUCAUACUUCAGCCAAACAAAACAAAGGAAUUGAGGAACUUUUUCUUGACCUUUGUAAAAGAAUGAUUGAAACAGCUCAAGUGGAUGAGAGAGCAAAAGGCAACGGUUCCAGCCAGCAGGGGAUGGCCAGACGAGGUGUACAGAUCAUCGACGAUGAACCCCAAGGACAGAGCAGCGGGGGGUGUUGUUCUUCUGGAUAACUAUUCACUGAAAGAGAGUUCUAACCAAACAAGAAAACAAAACUGUGGAUCAUUGCCCCCAAUCUGAAGACUGCCGUAUUCCAAGUCACAUUCUUUUACCAAUGGAGUUCUAGAAUUAACAGUAUUUUAAACUUACAUUUAUAACACUGCAGAGACCUUAAGUGCUAAACUAGUGGAGUCUGUGACAAGAGAAUUGGCAUUUUCUACAAUGGUUAACAAAGCAAUUACCAAUGGCCUUUUUACAUAUUUUUUUCCUUUAAUGAGGAAUAAUAUGCAUGUAGAAAAGACCUACUUAAAGGCUUCAUUUAUAUUCUUUUAAAUCAAAUCAUUAUUUAAUAACUUAUAUAUGUUGUUGUUGGAAUGGUAUACAUUUUUGCAGCCCUUUGUAUUUUGUGGUAGGUUGUGAAUUGUAUCACUUCUAAACAGCAAAUUGAUUUUUUUUUUAUUAGCAGAUACCUGAAGUACUAUUUUUGCAGGGUUAGCAAAAGCCCAUAACUGUCAACUACUUUGAUAUAUUCUAUAUUCAUCCUGUAUGCUGAGCUGGUAAAAUACAUUGUAAAUUACAUAUUAAAUAUUUUAUCUGCUUUUACAAGUGCAGGUGCAGAAACAUAUGUACAGUAGUCUUGUCGAUGACUGUAAAGUGAAUUAACAUUUGGUGAACAUGCAUAAGCUUUGAACUCUCUAGUCUCUCUAUAGGUCAUUCCCCCUCCCUCCCCCUUCCCACCUAAGUCUUCACAUAGAAGAGGGUUUUAAAGAUACUCACGUUUUACUUUACUUGAACUGCUGCUGCUGUUUGUUGCCACAUAUUUUGCCUCUUUCAACUCUUCUUAAUAAACAACAGCAUUUUGCCCUGUUGUUGAAAAGAAGGGAUUAUGGCCUCUGCUGAUUCUGCUGUAGAAUGGUUACCUAGACAUGUUUGAGUGGAGCAUGCUGAGCUUGCCACUUUUGCUUUGGCUUCCCCUUAAGCUUUAUAUGAAACUUCUCUGUGGGCAUGGGACAAGAAUGUAAACCCCUUUCUCCUAAUAACAGCCACUAACCCACCAAGACACACAAUCAUAGUAGUUCAUCUUCUGAGGCAGCACUUUGAGGUUUUUUUGUGAGCAAGUUGUUCUAUGAGGGAUGUUUAUUCCUGUUUUAGUCUCCUAAGUUUGUGAAGGUAGUUUCAUAUAAUGUGGCGUCAUUAACACUGGAAAGAAUUUAUUAUAAAAUUUAUAUUCUUGCACAUUUUGUAAAUGAAUCCCACUUUAGUAGAUUUUCUUUUGAGGGGGGAAUAAAAUGAUUGAGACAUUUAUUUUAAUAGAUACAAGCAGUACUGCACACAGAAGGAACACAGAUUGUGGAAAUUAACUGAUUGUUGUUGUGUUCUGAUUUUUUUUUCCAUUUCUGUUAUGUUUGGAAAAUGAGUAAAUGUGAUAUCUAAGAAAGUGGAAUGGUCCUUGGAUUUACUUCUCAUAAAAAUCAGUAAUCUUAUUAGAGAUGAGCAGAGUAAAGAAUGGUUGAAGAUUGCUGGUUAACUUCUCCAGUAGGUUAGACGAGCCAAAUGUCUUGGGUAUUGUUAAGUUAUAGUUUUGCCAGUGGCCAUCUGAGAGCAGGUUUGCUCAUUUCAAGACCUGCCUUUUUUCCCGCCUCAUUUGGGAGGGGGAGGUAAGUGAAAGUGCUUGAAAUGGGUGAACAUGCCCUCUUGUGUAGGUAGAGAGCACUUUGCCUCUUCAUUUCUCUACCUUUUCUGUGCCAGUGACUUUUCUGAAGGGAGUUCUUUUGUGUCUUACUGCCUGCCUAUUUCAGACAACAAACUUAAAAAUCUUUGGUGUUCAGAACAUACCUAGAAUAGAAAUACCAUAAGCACUUUCAUGGGAGUGAAAUGUGCCUCUCUGCUCUCAAAAUCCACACUAUCCAAACGUUAGUGAAUUUGAAUGAAGACAAGUUUGACUGUAUUCCAAAUGAAAUAAUGUAAAGCAAAAUAAUUUAAUAAUAACAUUUCUUAUAAUCAAGGCCCAUAAUUCACUUAGUGAUGAGUGGUUCCUGAUGCUAUCAUCGGAUUUUUGUGUUCUACAGGUUGUUACCUGUGCACAUUAGUGUCACUAAUAUCUGAGAAAAUGGAUAACAUUCUUUUCCCCACAGAUAGAGUUCUUUUAUUUUUCUGUCUCCCUUUCUUUAUAUCCACAGAGCUUAACACAGGGCCUUUGUACCUUUCAAGGCACUUAAUCAAAGCUAACUGACUGUCUUUUGCAUUUAAUUCAUUUUCUUACCUGCUUGUGCUUUAAACCUGCCAGGAAUAUGCAGGAUGCUAUAGAAUUCCCCUAAGAUUAAAAAACAAAAAGAUCCUGUUUUCUGUCCUAUAAAAAAGAUGGAGUGGAAAGAGAAGGGAACAGAAAUUAAUGAACUAAUGGAAAAUUAAAGGAAGAACUGUGAAAAGGAGAAAAAGAAUUCAUGCUUAUUAUAUGUGUUGUAUGUUUAUACAUGUAUAUGAACACAUACAUUCAUCCCUCUCUCUAAUUGACUAAUGUAGAUCAUUUUGUCCACAUAAUGUUGGUAGCCUGGAGGAAAUUAGAAAAGGGCUCCUCAUAAAUGGUGUAUAGGCAGGACUUGUACUUUUACAAUAAUUUCAGAGGCUAUCAAUGCUAUAUACUUUUUUCUCAAAUAUAUUAUGAGAAAAAUUCAUUUUGUUCUUAUGGUGUUUGGGGGACAGAUUCUCCCUCUUGUUUGAAAACAAAUAGAAAAACUUUGCCUUCAAUUUAACCAUAUGCUGCAAUAUUGUAUUGAAUUGAAUGAUUCUUAAGAAAAAAGUACAACUUUUGUUGUGUGAAGCUUGUGUAUUAAAAUUUCUUAUUCCCUAUGGAUAUAUGAAAGCCAUUGUGGGAAUGUAAGUAACAUUGUAAUCUAUUUAAGAUUAGUUUAGAUAACCAUUGCUUGUUUUUAUCUGGCAAAGAAUUAAGGAAAACUUAAACAAUAUUUUAAGGGGAAUUUGAGGCAGGUGUGUAGAUGAAAUCAGAAAAGAGGGGAAAAAAGGGAGAUUAGAAAUUGAAUAUAAUUUUACCUUCUGAAUUCUUUUUCUUUAUCACUAAUUUAUAAUAGCAUAAAAACAUGUAAAGAAGGAAUCAUGCCAAGUUCUUACUCUUAAAAAAAAAAAAAGGAAUUGUUACACCAUUUUUAUUUUCUUAGAACUUGUUUGAGGGUUCCUGCAUGCAUAAAAAUUAACAGCAUCAACCUCUUAAAUACUUCUUUGUCACUUCUAUUUUUUUACUUUUUUGUAUAUGAAAAUCUUCGAAUAAAAAAAUUGAACAAUACCUUAAGCUCAUUGGAGGAAAAAAUACAGAUAGUAUACUAUAAGAAAUAAGUUUAAGUUACAUUUUUAAGAUCUAAAUAAAAUUUAACCACUCAAAUUAUAAAGCAUCCUUUUCUUAAGAGAUGUGAUUGGCAAUGUAUGUACCUAUUUUAAUGCUUGAAGGAAGCAUUAACUAGAUUCUCAACAGACUUGUUUCCUGAUUCUGUCCUAGUAUUUUGUUUACUUGAUUUUGCUGUUUUUGUUACAAAGUAUAAGUUGUGGGUCCUUUGAGAAAAUGUAUUUGAUCAUUUUUAUAAGAUGAGACAAACUUUUUUUUCUAAAAAUAAUUUGCUGUUUGUAUAAAAAUCAAGUGACCAAGUAUGUAUAUUUUGAAUUCAAAACUAUGCUUUUGCUAUAUGUAUCAUUAAUUUUCAGGCUUGGGUUCCUUUUUCCAGGAGAAAAGUAGACCCUGGUGGGUUAUACAAAUUGGCUGUUACCAAAUACAUUUUGGUUAAAGUUUCAGAAAUUGGAUAACAUUUUAUUUAAUGAAAAUGUCUUCAUCCUUAACAUAGAAUCAUGACACUCCUGUUGGAAAAUGCUUAAUGACUUGCCUUCUAAAUAAAUUUGAAAGCCCUCUACAGUCUUGUUCCCACCUUUUUCCAGUGUUUUCUCUCCUCACAGAAAUUGGGCUACUUCAUAUUUUAGAAAAUAAUUUAAAAAUAUUAACUUAAACAUGAACAUUUCAGUGUACAAAGAACAGAAGAGGUGAUUGUAUAUGAAAGUGAACUUCUGUUAUGUAAUUUUUAAGUAUAUAUUAAAUAUAACACAAUAGUA